AUGUCUAGAUCGACUCAGCUAAUCGAGAUCUGUGUACUAGCCAUACCAAUAGUUUAUAUAUUGGCCAUUGUUCCUGGCCUAAUGCCAUGGGAAAGUGGCUAUCGUUUCCUUUCCUUUUGCCAUGUCUUUGGCUCGGUAGCACCAUGGUGUGGCAGUUUUGUCUAUCAUCUAUUCAUGAACAUUGAACGAGGUGAAAAUGUCUACUAUACCCUGCUGAAAUUGGAUAUGGUCGGAAUAUGGGUCAGCCAGAGUUUCGUGGUGGCAGUUAACGAUCCAUUCGAUUCUCCCUUUGCCCAUCAGGUAAUGCGCCUCUCUAAAUCCGCCGAAAUGAGGAAUUACAUGAAACCCGGCAUCGAGGCUUGUGAUGAUUUCUAUACCUAUGCCUGUGGUAAUUGGGCCCAUAUUAAUCCCGCCCAUGCUGAGGUAAAGACAAAUAUUUUCAACAUCUUAUCAAAGGCCUACAAUCGUAAGGUCUUGAAAAUAUUGGGCCGUGGCAAGGAGUCGAAUGAUACGGAAACGGAACGUAAAGUGAAAUAUUUCUAUGAAAGCUGUUUGCAAAGGGAUUCGAUCCGACGGAAUUAUCGUGAAAAUUUAAUGAGCAUUAUGGAAGAAUUUGGCGGUAUGCCAGCCCUGAAGGGAGCUGCCUGGCAUGAACCAUCCUUUAAUUGGUUGGAGGUUAUUGCCCAAAUUCUAAGGAAAUAUGGAAAGAAGAUAAUUAUAAAUGCCGAUAUUAAUGCCGAUUUGAAUAAUAACGAAUUCAAUCGCCUGUAUAUUGGACAAAUGGAUGAUAUGGUACCGGGUAGUUCGAAGGAAUUUUAUGCUCGCCUGGCCAUGGCCUGGCAAAUGGAUUUGCAAAAGGUGUUGGGCCUAUCACCCACUGUGGCCUUGAUUACGGCCAGGGAGAUGGCAGAAUUUGCCCAAAAACUGGCAAUGGGCAUGGCUGAUCCUUUGGAAGGUCUGGGCAUGGAAGAUAAGACCCGGCUGAGGCUAUUGGAGACAAUGACUGAAAAUUAUGGUCCUGUUUUGAAUUUCACUUUGUAUGUCAACACCUGGUUGGGUUACAAUUAUAUUCUGCCUGUCUACGAAUAUGUGGAUAAUUAUUUGCGGAACUUGAGAUUGGUGAUAUUAGAAACACCCACCACCACCGUGGCCAAUUAUAUAAUGUGGCAGUUGAUACAAGAUUUCCGUUUAGAUGUGGAAGGCAGCGAUGAGAGGCAACAGAAGAAAUGCAUUGAGGCCACCCGGAAAUAUUUCCCCAAAUAUUUGGAUAAUUUAAUUUAUCAAGAUUUAUUGAAAUCCGAUCCGGAUAUAAUUGAAGAUGUCACCGAUAUUUGGAAACAUUUGAAAACGUCGUUCCAUGAUAUACUCAAUGGUACCGGCACUGAGUGGAUGCAGGACAACACCCGUGACAAAGCAUUGGAAAAACUAUCGGCAAUGACUUUUGAAAUCAAUUCCUAUAGUGAUGUGGAUUUUAGCAAAGAAUUGGGACCCUUGGUCAUCUCGAGCAAUCAGUAUUUUGAAAAUGUCAUCAGCAUACUCAAGCUCCGCGGGCAGAAUUAUCGUUUGAAAAUCGAAGAACCACCACGUUUGGAGGAGUAUGAGCUGUUGAGUUUCACACCAGCCUACGCAGCGGAAUACAAUCGAGUCUUACUGCCAGUGGCAUUUCUGCAACCCCGCUUCCUAUGGGAUGAUGUAUAUCCUAAGGCCUUGAAAUAUGGCACAGUGGGCUUCACGAUUGCCCAUGAAAUGGCUCACGGGUUUGAUGAUACCAUACGUAAAUAUGAUGCCAAGGGCAACCUCAACAAUUGGUGGGAUCGUAAUGCCAGCAUAACGUUUGAGGUACGCAAGGAAUGUCUGCGGCAGCAAUAUGGUAGCCAUAAAUUUGGGGGACGUUUCCUGCCAAAGGCCCAGGCACAAGGUGAAAACAUUGCCGAUAAUGUUGGUAUUCGCAUUGCCUAUCAGGCCUAUGAUCGUUGGCUGGAACAGCAUCAUCAGACUCCAGAACAUUUACCCAACAUGGAUACGAUUACAGCAAGGCAAUUAUUUUUCAUUAGCACCGCCCAGCUAUGGUGUACGGAUGUUAAUCGACGUUGGCGUCAAUUGGUCACCACCACCGAUGUCCAUCCUCCGGAAGAGGUGCGCGUCCGGGCUAUGUUGGCUAAUUUUGAAGAAUUUGCUGAGACCUUCUCGUGUAAACAUGGAACACAAAUGAAUCCGCAGCGGAAGUGUAUCAUUUAUUGA